AAGCUAUCAUAGUUUUCUUAAAAACGUGUGUGUUGAAGGAAAAAGCGAAAAUUAUAUCGAAGCAUGGCCCGAUCAAAAAGGAGAUUUCGAGGAGGUGGGACUGGUCAGAAGAAAAAGAGAAGGAAAAUAAGUCUAGAGAAGCUCAGCAAAUUGAACAAGGAGCGCAUUGAACGAGAAAAAAUGCGAUAUGCAAAGAAAGAGGAAACAAAAGAAUACAAGACUUCUGGACCGUCCACAGCAUCAGAGGAAUUGUCUUCUUCUGAUGAGGAAGAUCAGCAAACGAUGACCCCUUAUCAAGAGCUGCUUGCUAAUUUGGGUGCUGAUGUGGCGGAGGACGAUGAUCUGUCGGAUGAGGAGGAUUCUGAAAGUGAAAUUGAAGGUGAGGAAGGAACCAUUGGUGAAGAUGGUGUCAAUGAUGAUGAGGUUGUUGAUGACAGCGACAUCGAAGAUGAUGAUAGCAACAUCGACAUCGAGGAUGAAGAGGACAAUGAUGAAGAAAUUGGGGAAGUUCAAGCAGGAGAGAAUGGAUUAUCAGGUGGAGAAGGAGAUGGUGACAGCAAUGGAAGAGAUGAAGGAGAAGAGGAGGAGGUGGAGGUAGAGAUAGAAGACUUAGCGGAACUUGCAUCAUCGAGUGAAUUAGAUGAUGAUGAUGAUGAUGAUGAUGGCAGUGACGAUGGAAAAGACGACAAUCAAGGACAAGUACACAAAGAUCCAUUCUAUAAAAGGAUCAACUAUGAACUCAGUGAAGAUGUCAUCAGCAAGUUUGGUAAAGGGAGGCCAUGUAACAUAUUUGAAGAAAAGUGGCCACGCUUGGGUAAACUCUCUUGUUCUUGUUUCGAUGAUGUAUCUCGAGAUGAAAUGCAGAUAUGCAAGGAGACUGACUUCAAGUCUCUCCAUGUCCCCAAACGAGUUUCUAGUUCUUGGAAAGAAGCCAAUAAGGAUUACAUUGAAGCAGGCUCGGAGGCUAAUCUAUCGCGUCUCCAACAAGAACUCUUCUCCAUUAUGAAUUCUUAUAAGGAUCUUGUUUAUCCUGAGAGGAACUAUCAGAAUGAAGAGGAGAUUAGGCUGGUGUAUUGUCUCCAUGUACUCAGUUACAUUGUCAAAUCAAGGAAUGUUGUCCUGAAACACAACCAGAUGUUGACAGCUAAUCCAGAUCUUGAUACAGAGUCCAUGAGGGAUCGGGGUCUGACCAGACCACGGGUCCUGAUCCUGGUCCCGUUCAGAAGCUCGGCCCUGGAGGUCAUCAAGACCAUGGCCAAGAUCCUGGUCCCAACGAACCAGAGCAUGAGCCACCGCAAGAGGUUCUUUGAUGAAUACGGAUUAGCCGAAGAGCGAAGGCCGUCCAAGUUUCCCAAACCAGAGGAUUGGGAAGCUUUGUUCAAAGGAAACUAUGACGAUCACUUCAGAAUGGGCGUAACCAUCACAAGGAAGAGUUUCAAACUAUACUCCACCUUCUACUCGGCCGAUAUCAUCAUCGCUUCUCCAUUGGGACUCCGGACAGUCAUCGGGGCUAAAGGAGAGAACCAUCACGAAUAUGACUUCCUGUCGUCUAUCGAGCUGCUGGUCAUGGACCAAACAGACGUCUUCCUUAUGCAGAACUGGGAACACAUCACGCACAUCAUGGAUCACUUACAUCUUCAGCCCAAGGAUUCUCACGAUGUAGACUUCUCAAGAGUUAGAAUGUGGGCCCUCAACAAAUGGAACAAGUACUACAGGCAAACUCUGAUUUUCAGCAACAUCAAUACACCUGAAAUCAAUGCACUUGCCAGCAAACACUGCUCAAAUAUGGCAGGACGUGUGUUGGUAAACAAUGUGCCUUCCCUCGGGAGCAUUGGUCAAGUGGCUGUCCAGUUACCUCAGGUUUUCCACAAGUUAGAAUGCGACAGCUACGCUUCAUCACAUGAGAAGAGAUUCCAAUUCUUCAUCUCAAAGAUCCUUCCCCAAUACCGAGAAUCUCUGAUGUCGGGGACCAUGAUCUACAUUCCCUCCUACUUUGACUUUGUUCGUGUGAGAAACUACUUCCGCAAACAGGAGAUCAACUUUGCACAAAUUUGCGAAUACACCAGUCAGGCUAACAUGUCCAGGGCGAGACAUUAUAUGAGGGAAGGAACACGUCAUACUCUAAUCGUAACUGAGAGGCUCCAUUUCUUCAGAAGGUUCAAGUACCAUGGGAUACACCACAUCAUAUUCUACCAGCUUCCCACCUACCCCCACUACUACAGUGAGCUGUGCAACAUGCUGGAGACACCAACAACAGAGGGCGCUAUGAAGGAGCACACCUGCAGUGUACUAUACACCAAGUACGACGCCCUACGGUUGGGUCCUGUGGUUGGACUGAAGCGAAAUACUCAGAUGUUGAACUCCGAGAAGAAUGUCCACAUGUUUGUCUCUGAAGACGUCUGAAUGUUUAGGGAUAGACCAGAGAACAGAAGGUGCGAUAUAAGGAUAUACCUGCUAUGCUCUGCUCUGACUAUGUAUGUUGGUCUUUGGAUGGAGCCAAGCUGCUGGUUGGUAUCAAAGGCAACAUCGAACUUGGAGAAGAGUGUCCACAUCUUAGUGGCAAGAGAUGCUAGUGGUUGGAAUCAAAGGCAGUACUGAACUUGGAGGAUAGUUUCUACAUCGUAGUGUCAAGAGGUGCUGGUGGUUGGUAUCAAAGGCAAUAAUUAACUUGGAGAACAGUGUCUACAUCUUAGUGUCAAGAGAUGCUAGUAAUUGGUAUCAAAGGCAGCACUUUACUUUGAGAAGAGUAUCCGCAUCUUUGUGUCAAGAGAUAAAGGCAA